AUGGAGGGUGAUGAUAUAGAGGGUGAUGAUAUAGUGGAUGAUGAUAUAGAGGGUGAUGAUAUAGAGGAUGAUGAUAUAGAGGAUGUUGAUAUAGAGGAUGAUGAUAUAGAGGGUGGUGAUAUAGAAGGUGAUGAUAUAGAGAGUGAUGAUAUAGAGUAUGAUGAUGUAGAAGGUGAUGGUAUAGAGGAUGAUGAUAUAGAGGGUGAUGAUAUAGAAGGUGAUGAUAUAGAGGAUGAUGAUAUAGAGGGUGAUGAUAUAGAGGAUGAUGAUAUAGAGGGUGUUGAUAUAGAGGAUGAUGAUAUAGAGGAUGAUGAUAUAGAGGGUGAUGAUAUAGAGGAUGAUGAUAUAGAGGAUGAUGACAUAGAGUAUGAUGAUAAAGAAAGUGUUUAUAUAGAGGAUGAUGAUAUAGAGGAUGGUGAUAUAGAGGAUGAUGAUAUAGAAAGUGUUGAUAUAGAGGAUGAUGAUAUUGAGGAGAGUGAUAAUAUAAAGGGCGAUGAUAUAGAGGAGUAUGAUAUAGAGAGUGAUGAUAUAGAGAAGGAUGAUAUAGAGGGUGAUGAUAUAGAGAUUGGUGAUAUAGAGGAUGAUGAUAAAGAUGAUGAGAUAGAGGGUGAAGAUAUAGAGGACGAUGAUAUAGAGGGUGAUGAUAUAGAGGGUGAUGAUAUUGAGAUUUGUGAUAUUGAGGAUGAUGAUAUAGAUGAUGAUACAGAGGGUGAUGAUAUAGAGGAUGAUGAUAAGGGUGAUGAUAUAGAGGAUGAGGGAGUGAGUGAGCGACACAAUUCACUACUGACUCCCUUCAGACCUGAAGGUCACCUUCGCAUUGAAGAAGAUUUAGUGUUAACUGGGAUACCAGCAACGGAGAUGUUGAAGAUUAUAUCAGCCAAACUCAUUGACCUGGGAGCAUCAGAAGAGAUUUUUGUACGUGACGCAAGGGGUCAGUUGAUACAGGUGACACAAGUGAUGCAGUUGAUACAGGUGACACAAGUGACGCAGGUGACGCAGGUGAUGCAGGUGACGCAGGUGACGCAGGUGAUGCAGGUAAUGAAGUUAAUGAAAGUGAUUCAGGUGACGCAAGGGAUGCAGGUGACACAAGUGAUGCAGGUGACGCAGGUGACGCAGGUGGCGCAGAUGAUGCAAGUGAUGCAGGUGACACAAGUGAUGCAGAUGACACAGGUAAUGCAGGCGAUGCAAGUGAUUCAGGUGUCGCAAGUGAUGCAUGUGAUGAAGGUGACGCAGGUGAUGCAGGUGAUGAAGGUGACGCAGGUGAUGCAGGUGACGCAGGUGAUGCAGGUGAUGCAGGUGAUGAAGGUGACGCAGGUGACGCAGGUGAUGCAGGUGAUGCAGGUGACGCAGGUGAUGCAGGUGAUGCAGGUAAUGAAGGUGACGCAGGUGACGCAGGUGAUGCAGGUGAUGCAGGUGAAGCAGGUGAUGCAGGUGAUGCAGGUAAUGAAGUUAAUGAAGGUGAUUCAGGUGACGCAAGGGAUGCAGGUGACAAAGUGA